CCGAAAUCAAUUAAUAAGAAUUGACUGUACGGUUUAGCUAUCUUUGCCUGCCUUCAAGGCGAAUUGGAAAAGAACAACAACAUCAGCCCACUGACAACUGUAAUUGACUGACAGACUUGAAAGUUUCGAUUUUAGCAGUUUUCAGUUCUUUGAUCUUUCAUUCUUACGUUGUUUCUUCUUUAAGAGAUAGUGUUUAAUAUUUAACAAUUUUCUGACUCUAGUCUUAGAUGAAAAUUAACGACGUUAAUUACAGAAAUCUAAGAAAAAUAUUGUGAAUAUUGCUAAUAUCAUAUAACAGAGUUUAUAAAAACAUAUGUAAGUAGCCACUAUCAAAAAGGCUACUAUCUUUGUACCGUUUUUUCAUGGUUACUAUUUCAAGAAAAUUUAAUGAACAACAAAGCUGCCCCGAUGCCUGUAAGCUUACGAAUACGUAGGACAACAUGUAUGACAUGUUGUCAGAGUUCCGUGUCUCGGAAUUCGAUUCUUUCGUGGAUAUACUAAGGUUGACUCCUGGCGACCCUUUGGACACGUUCGGCGAAAUGUGGUAUCCAGUGUUUCUGUGGUCCUUGUGCUCUUCAGUAUUUGUCCACACUUGUGCUGCUCUUGUCUCCUUUGGAACUCUAAGAAAACAUAAAUAUGGUAAAUUUUUUCCAGUUCUGUUGAUAGUAAUGGGUGUAGUGAAUCCGGUAACUUCGGGCGUAGCCAGUAGUGCUGCCGUCGCCUUUAUUUAUCGGGCGGCCGACUUAACUAUGCCUCCAAUACAUGCAAUGAUAUGGGGUAUAGGACAAACUAUUUUAGGAGCUGGUAUAGGUUUUACAAGAAUUUUGGCAACACUGUAAUAAAACAUGACUCUAGUUUACUCUGUAUUUAACUGAUUAUGUUGCAAUGUAUUUAUUACCAAUCUAAUUAUAGUUCAAAUGAAUUGAAGGUCAAUUAUCUUAGAAAUAUUGUUAUGGAAAUCUUACAGGAAGGUGCUGAAAGUCGAUGUGUGAUUUCCUCUUUAAUACUGUACUAUGUAAGUAGUUAUAAUAAUAUAUGCUAAUGUGGUAUUCCUUGUGGUGAAUAUGCAAUAAGUGUUUAAUAACUUUGAUACAUUUUGUAAAUACUUUGAUCAUGUCCUUUUCAUCAAUAUUCACUUAAUUUAUUGUACUUUAUAAACACAAAAAUCUCUGGUAUAACUAUAUCUCAUGAUAAUGGCCUUGAUAAGUCCGAUCCCAAAUGUUAGUUAUUCUUAUAGGAAAAUGUUCUUUUAGUAUAUUAAUAGGAGAAUCAACAUGACAUAGUUGAAUGAGUUAGUAAAGCUGUGGCCUAGAUAUAUUGCAAAUUAUAUAUAUAUAUAUAUAUAUAUAUAUAUA